CAGUUAGCGGGGCUGAGUUAUUUCGGGAAAUUCGCAAGUCAUAUGCGAGGUGAUCCAAUACGAAAAGUGAGCAAAUUUGAGAACUUUUAGCCUCGUUGCAAAGGGAAAUAAGCACCAUGUCCUUCGGUGAAUAUACUUCAAACUCCAGCACAGGAUCAAAGGGUGGCUCCACAGAGUAUAACAGACUCUGUAGCUGCGUUAGUAAUAACAUUCAAGCAAUCAACAAAAAUGUCACUACAAUUCAGAAGCUUGUGGACAAGCUUGGAACUUCAGAGGAUAAAUCACAGUUGCAGAGCAGACUACAACAAACAGAACAAGCCACUCAAAAACUUGCCAAGGAAACUCACUCUUACUUGAAGCAGCUUCCUCAUCUGUUUGGAGAAUCACCAUCUGAAAGACGUCAAAGGAAAAUACAAGUAGAGAAGUUAGCAGACAACUUCUCAACAGCUUUGAACACUUUUCAGCAACUUCAGAGGAGUGCAGCAGAAAAGGAGAGAGAAUCUGUUUCACGUGCAAGGUCAAUGUCUGCAGCAAUGCCAACCCCAAGUCCAAUGGGUGGAUAUAAUGAUGAGCAUAGCUCGACUUCAAAUGACAGAGCUGGCAGUGGAUUCCAGGUACAAGCAGAAGAAGAGGUCUCUGUGGAAUUGAUAGAGGAAAGGGAAAGAGCCAUUAGACAACUGGAGGCUGAUAUUGUUGGUGUCAAUGAAAUCUUCAGAGAUCUUGCCACCAUGGUGUAUGAGCAGGGUGACAUGAUAGAUAGCAUUGAGGCAAAUGUAGACACUGCUGCAGUCCAUGUUGAAGACGCCAAUGUCCAGUUACAGAAAGCUAGUCACUAUCAGAAAGCGGCAAGAAAGAAGAUGUGCUGUAUCCUAGUUAUUUUGGUUGUUGUUGCAGGUGCCUUGGGUCUUAUCAUUUGGUUGUCAGUAAGAAAUACCAAAUGAGGUGGAUUUAAGCUUAAAAGCUAAGUUUUCAAAAGAAAGAAACCAUUUAGCUCUAUAGAACAUUACUAUUGGCAAAAAAUAGAAGUCAGAUUAGUUGUAGGACAAUACAUGAACACUAGUGCAUCUUGUGAUUCAUAAGCACAAUGUUGUCUAUUGUGAUUGCAAGCACAUGCACUCUCAUCUAUGCUAUUUCUAUUGUCUAGUUUCAUUAACUAGUGAAAUUAUUUUGAAUUGAUUACCAGGGAUGACCACUUCAUAUUUAGUACUUGGUGAAAAAUUUAGUAUCAGUUGUUGUCUGAAGUUAAUGGUUCUGUCAAACUGUCCCAAAUGUAUAUUGUGUUCUAGCAAUAUUGUGAGUACAAUUUAGUUGUGUGUUCAUGGUUUUCUGAGUUCCACAGUUGUCACUGCUACAGGCCAUUGUCCCUCUUCAUUUAAUGAUUGCCUCUGUAAUGGUUUUCCUUUGUAUAAUACUACUUUAAAAUAAUGUUUAGAUCUCUUAACUUUAGAUGGCAACUGAUCAAUAAAGAUUCAACUUCUUCAUUACCACUUGAAGAUAGAUUAGCUAGAAAUUUACAGAGUUAGGUUUGAAAUAAGGAUUACAGUUACACCAUAAUGUAGACAUAACUGGUAUGAAAUCUUCAUAUCAAAAUGUCACCCAAGUUUUUUUUUCCUUUCAAACACUCAAAUUUUACCACACAUUGGUGUUAACAUUUUAAAAAAGAUGCAAUUUAUUUAGCAGUGCAUAAUUUGUAAUUUUAUGAAAUAAUUUUGCCAAAGGCAUUGGGUUUACUCAUUGAUAGAGAAAUAAGAAAUGUUAACAAAAAGGUUUUUGUGGGUAGAUCAAACCAAGGACUUCUGUAGUGUUCUUAUACUUUUAUAAUGACAAUUAGACAGUACUGUACAAUCCUUUGUUUCCCUCUUGGAGAGUUCAA